UAGUCAUGCCAGUCUACAAGAACAAUAAGACGGAAACACUGAACUGUAUUUUUUAGGAGUUAUGAAUUAUAAAUUAUUUCAUACAAUCACAAAUAUCUAGAAUUUAUAAGUUGAGAGAGAAAUGCCAUAUUUAGGAGAAUUGCAAGUGUUCAUCCUUUGUCAAACCUUUAUAUUCCACGAAACGCGCAAAUAUUUCGCCCAUCCUUUCUAAACUCGAUCAAGGAAUAGUAUUAUUUCUUUAAUUUGUACUCUUUUUGGGAUGUCGCUUUCAGAGCGAGCAAGAGCAUUUUCCAUCGACGCAAUUUUGUCGUCAACGAAAUCUCCAGAAAAGGUAGAUAGCGACAAUGUUGACGCUGACAGGCCGACAUUUCAUCCAGGUGUCCUCAAGGCUGACGAUGUCACCCACGACACUGACUACGAACGACGAAACGAAGAGGAUUAUAAUCCUACUGGGUUUGAAUUCAAUAGUGAUAUUCAUUUCCAUCCACGGAUGUCAUUGUGGAGAGGACGAAAGGCAUCAUUCUCAUCGAGCACAUCGACGUUGAAUUCAGCCUCGUCAACGACUGAUGUCAACUUCGGUAGUUCACACAGCAUCCGCAGAAGCUCAGACGAAGCCGAUGGCGCGUUUCCAGGCAACCCCUUCGGUAGCCGUUUGGGAUCGCUGGCAGUUAGUGACGAUUCCUUGAAUUACGAAGACCCGAUGAUCGUGGGCAAUAUCGACGAUGACGCCCAUCCGAUCAGUUCGACCGUUAAUGGGAUAACGAUCACGUUGGCGCAGUCUUCCUUGUGGAGAAGAUUCCAUGAAUGUGAGACGGAGAUGAUUAUCAACAGGUCUGGAAGGAGGAUGUUUCCAUGUUUUGCAGUUUCGUUGUCAGGUUUACAACCGGAUGCCCUUUAUCGAAUUUCUGUGUCUAUCACGUCAGAUAACCGGAGUCGCUAUAAGUUCAUAAAUGGAAAAUGGCUUGCUGUUGGCAAAGCCGAUCCGGAGGUUCCAAACGAACCCUACGAACAUCCUCUGUCGCCAAACCGUGGGCUCUUCUGGGAGAGCAACGUCGUGAGCUUUGCAAAACUCAAGAUCACCAACAACAAGGACACCAAAGCGAAAAAUCAAAUCGUUCUGCACUCAAUGCAUACAUACACUCCUCGACUGUUCAUUGAACGACUAUCUGACGAACCAUCUCCAAGCAAUUCCAAAGGAGAGAGAGUCUUGACGUCCGGACCGUCGUCAUCGCCUCAUUCGACCUCGACGUCAUCUCCUUCUACCUGGAUGCACAUGCAGACAUCAGACUCCUCAUCCGACGACACAGCAUCAACGUCGACAGGGGUCAGGCAUGCAGCGGGUUCCAUGUCGUCACCGAUGACGAGAAGCCCAUCACACGAUCACCGAUUGGAAGAGAAGACAUGCAUAUCAUUCCCGGAGACAUCUUUCAUCGCUGUGACGGCAUACCAGAAUGAUCAAAUCACUCAGUUAAAGAUACAAAACAACCCGUUUGCAAAGGCAUUCAGAGAUGCCGAAGUCGCAGCAAUGUUACAAGGAUCCCCCAUGUUCCCGGUUGAGCACCAUCUACUUUCUGAUUACAGAGAGCGAGAAGCUUUUUCAUCAACCCAUUCACUAAAUGGUCACAUGAUUGGCAAGAGAAGAUUCGGUUUACCCGUUAAUAUGCAGCGCUUAAUACCUCACCUCGGUGUUGUUCCGGGUCAUCAUCAACCACCACCCAUGACCAGAUCAAUGGCGAAUAUGCGAGCAGAAACCAAUGACAGUCCUAACCCAAAUCUUCUUGGACAUGACCUGAACUGGAAGGUAUCAUCUGCGACUAACCUUGCUGGAAAGGUCAGUGAAGGUGUACUCCACGAGAGUUGUGGCUUCCUUCCGAGCCUAAGUUUAUCUCAAAGAGCGAACAGUGAUGUAGAACUGUCUGCCAAAGCCAAUGCCAGUAGGAACCAGUCAUCGAACUCUUCCUUCCCAUUCGGGGGUCUGGGCAUGGGUUCCGACGGAGAGUUUAGGAAACGCGCCCUAUCGAAUCUUGCAGAUAACGGAAGAGAAUCUGAUAAGGGGAUGCUUAGGAAUUCUUUGAAAGAUGCAGCAAAGAAGCAUCGUGGAUCCCAACCAAUUAUAUAUCAAUCUCAGCCUCAGUUCUCGGAUAAGGAACAGACCACCAAGCUCUACAGAUCGCUACCUUGGCUCUUAGAUUCCCCACAGAUUAUUGUAAGCGAUGCGGCUAAGGCGGAAGGUCAAGAAACACCAUCCAUGCCAUCGGCAGAAGCUAAGCCAGUCCCCUCUUCUUUUGAUGAAAAAAUGAUCAGAGAAGAUCGAAAUACGAAGAUGAAUUCGGCGGGUAAAUUGGAUACAGGGGACAUUCCGAAUGCAGAAGAAUCCGGAGGUCCAUCUGGGAAACUGAUGGUCCCGCCAAACCAGUCCUAUUUGACCCCGCAUCAGCGAUAUCACAUAGUAAUGAACGGAGGGGACCUUACGAGACGCGUGACCAUCCACACCACGGAUUCCUUCCGACCGCGACUCAGGGAUUCGUCGGUGAUGAAGCCUCGGCGAAGUCUGGAUUUGGCAAAGAUGUCAGCAAGUUUCUACCACUUCCGGGGCUCCACCCACUCGCCAACGCUGGACAAAAGGGAUAGUGUGCUUGGUACGGAGUAUACUGGGUCGUGUGGAAGCCUGAACGAAGAAACACCAGAAGAUCCGAUGGAACCACACCCGGGACCACACCAUUAAGAUUGGGGUGGAAUAGGCUUUUGCCACCCACACCCACACCCACACGCACAUUCCCACCCCUCACACAAAUAUGACUCUUAUUAUGUGGGUUUCUAUUUUACUUGUCAGUGGUAUUUGUCGGUUGCCUGGGUUCGGUUGAGUUUAGUCGUUUCUAUUCACUUAAAUUCGACUGAAAUCAAUUAAGUUACGAUCUAUUCACCAAUAAUAGUCGAAUUAUGUUGAAUUCUAUUUAGGGCCUUUUCACACGUGAAUCUUGAAUCAUCGUUGUAAUGAUAAUUGCUAUUGUAAUCGUUACUGUGAUUAGCGUUCGUGAUUGUAAUCAUGUUCUAGUUUGGUUUCACGCGUGCUGAAUAUCCGUCAUUAGGCUUAUUUUCACUGGAAUCAUCAUUCAAUUUUUUUACCGUAUGAAAGGGCGGUUAGUUCCGAUCACUUCCGUUUAGUACAGUUCUGUCAAGUUUCUUACCCUUUAGUUCAUUAUUAUGCAUGUUUCCAUUCAAUUCUGCUCAGAUCAGCUCAGUUGAUCUGAGUUCAGUUAGUUUUAUUCAGUUAAAAUUAAAUAGGCAUGCUGUUCAAUAGUUGUGUCUGCAUAUAAAAAAUCUAAUAAGUUUUAUUUAUUUCAGACCAUCUUCUUCAGAUUACCGCAGUUUAGUUCAUUUCAACUCUGUUGUAUUAACCCUAAGAGUAAGAAGACUGGGGGGGGGGGGGGAGGGGCUGAUU